AUAAAAGGGAUUAUCCUGUUUUGUUUUUAUCGCCAUCCCACGUUUUGCAUCGAAUCUCAGCUGCUGAACUAAAUGAAUAUUGCACACAAAAUUCGUAUCUGCGUGUGAUGUGUAAAUGAAAGGGGAAGAGGGGGCGGCGAUGUCCCGCGCGGAGUCACUGGUGAGGAGCAAACCGACCUUCCAGCCUGAUGCUCGGUCACGCUAAUAAUGGGGGCCGACGGUAGUAAAAGCAAGAAGUCCCAUGAUCUUCCCCAGAGGUCUUCAGGACAGGCAGAUGAGCACAUUUCGUCGGGAUGGCGCAGCUUCCUCUCCAGCGUGGGUCUGUCCAUCCCAGCAAGCCUCUGUCGUCUGGCUCCACCUGCCCUGCGCCUCAGCCAUCACCGAAUGCUCCACGACAAGAUUCCCGAAGUCCCAGAGCACGUGCUGAGGUUGGCAGGAGUCGGGCCGGGUAAGCUGAGGUCAGAGUGGAGCCUGCCAGGGUUUGUGUCCGUGUUCCUGCCUGAAUUCCCCCACAGACCUGUGCCUGGGCAUGAACACUUUCAGGUGUUGGGUUACAUUGCCAAAGGUUCGUUUGGGCCCAUUCUGAAAGUAAAGGACAAAGCCAAGCAGAAAAUGUACGCCGUUAAAGUUAUACCUAAAUCUGAGAUUCUGAAGCUGGGAGUCCUGGAGCAGUCAAAGGAAGAAGUUAUAAUCCAGCGUCAGGUUCGUCACCCAUUUGUCCAUGAGCUCCAGGACUGCUGGCAGACUCAGCGCCACCUCUACAUUAUGUGCGACUACUGCAGCACAGGCGACUUGUACACUUACUGGCAGAUGAUUGGUCAGUUUUCAGAGGACACGGUGCGAGUGUUUGCAGCAGAGCUGGGAUGUGCACUUGGGUUUUUACACGAUUUUGGAGUCAUUCACAGAGAUGUGAAGAUGGAGAAUAUCUUGUUGACAGACAACGGCCACCUCCGCCUGGCUGACUUUGGUUUGUCCCGUCGCCUGGAGAGAGGAGGGAGAGCCUUCACCAUAUGUGGAACCAUCCAGUAUAUGGCCCCGGAGGUGCUGAGCGGCGGACCCUACAACCACGCAGCUGAUUGGUGGUCUCUGGGGAUUCUGCUCUUCUCUCUGACCACUGGGAAGUUCCCUGUGCCUCCAGAACCAGAUCACUGCAGUAUGUUGAGGAAAGUGAGGAGUUUUCCAUAUGAAAUGCCGCUAAGCUUCAGCUCCCAACUGUCGUUGUUAUUGAGUGAGCUUUUAUGCAAGACUCCGUCCCGCCGACUGAGGACCCUCGACCGCUUCAAGCGACAAACCUUCUUUCACCAGUCAACAUUUGACCUUGAGCUCAUGCAGCGUCGGCCUGUGGAGGUGAUUUUGGAGCUCAGAGAAAGACCGGACCGAGCUGCUAAGGCUCGCAGAGGCCUCACUUUGUCCCUGCAGCCCCUGAAGGGCUUCGACUAUGACUCCCUCCUUAGCCCUCCUCCCACGCCGGACCCGCAGCUGGACACGAGCACUCCCUCUCGCACACUUGCACCCCCACUGCCCGGCCCGCCACGGCAGCUACCUCAGGAAAAACGUGCACGCAGGGAAGUGUUUGUGUAACUGUGUUAGGACAUUUAAACAUACAUGGGCCUUUUUUAUGUCCAAUGUACACCAUGGCAGAUUCUUAUUCAAUUCUAAAUGCAUUAAUAGUUCAGAAGCAAAUCAAGUGUUUUUAUAUGAAAAAAAGCACAUACUAAAACAUAUUUUAGCACAUUUUACCUUUUUUUUCUUUCAUUUGUUUGCCUUUUUACACCAAGUACCUCUCAAUGCUUCCUUACUCCAUCCUUGUGCAAGAUAGAUUACACUUAACCACACAAGUUGGUUUUCAGUCUGGUCAUGCCUGCCAUGUUAACGAACACCUUUUGGAUGAAUUCCAUCAGAUUUGACCUCUCCCAGAAAGGCCAUCCUACUUCGUUUUCCAUGCUCUGCAUUUGUUCUCUUUAUCUUUUUUUUUCAGCCAAGUAGAUCCCCAACCAUUCAAUGAGGAGAGCAGAUUUCCAAACUCCUUCCUGUAUUUGUCAUGUUGCGUCAAAGUGUAACUUUUUUUAUUUAUUUGCAGAAGUGGUUAGCUUUCCCGUACAAUCUCAUCUGCAACUCUGCUCAUGUUGUGAUCCACUCCUUUGAUUCAUCUGACAGCAGUUUUUGUAGCAUCAGAAUUUUGUUCUUAUGUGGUUUAAACAAACAUUUCACAUGGUGCACCAAGUGUUGUCAUUUGUAACACAAACUCAGGAAGGCAUUCUUCACUUUUCCUGUUUGAGUUUGCUUUCUGUCUGUCCUCCCAAUGACAAAAAAACUAGCCAUAAAAUUUGUUCACUUUGUACUAAACAGUGAUGUUUACCACCACCUAAAAUUUUUAUAUAUACAGAAGGUUUUUUUUUACUGGGUAAAGCUGCAGUCGUUUAGAUAAUAGUUUCAUUUCUUUGAACUUUCCCUAAUCCUCAUAUUAAAUUAUUAUAUACUGAAGUUUAUCCAGUGUGAUAAUCCGAGUUGGCUUUUUUUUGUAUCUUUUCUAAUUUGAUUAGAUGUAUGGUGUCCAUAUAUGUUUUUGUAAUUUCCAUGUGUUAAAUAUUUAAAAUAAACUUUUUUUUUCUGA